AUGAGUGGCAGCAAAAUUUAUACUGACGAAGAAAUUGAAAAAUUUCUUGCAAUGUGCGACGACGAGAAUGGAUUAGACGAUGAGUUAGACAACAGCGAACUAGAAUCUGAUGCAGAAAUCGAGCAAAACGAAAGCUUAGGGGAUGCAAGUUCUUCAGAAGAAUCAACCGACACAGAUGAAGAUAACAUACCUUUACAUUUAUUGAGAGCCAAGUCAAAUAUAAUUUAUUUUAAUAAAUCUAUUUUGCGGGGCAAAAAUAAACAUAAGUGGUCAACAAAAAAGGGCAAAUCUUAUCGUUAUGGUCUAAAUGUAGUACAUAAAGCUCGAGGACCAACACGCCAUUGCAAAAAUAUAACAGGCCCACUGCAAUGCUUCCAAAUGUUCAUUACACCAGAGAUCGUGGAGGAAAUUGUUCAAUGGACAAACAUUGAGAUUGCUAAUCGGCAGUCCAUCUUACUUGUAACUACAGAUGAAGCUCAAAGGAAAGCAACUACUUCAAAUGAAAUGUCUGCCUUAAUUGGACUCUUGGUACUAACAGCAGUCAAGAAAGAUCAGCAUCUGUCUGCAGAUGAAUUGUUUGACAGAUCUUAUGGUGGAACAACAUAUAUUUCGAUAAUGACAAAAGCAAGGUUCAAAUUUCUUAUGUCAUGUCUUCGAUUCGACGAUAAAUCUGCACGCCUUCAAAUAGUUGAAGACAAUUUUGCCCCCAUUAGAAAAAUUUGGGAGAUGUUCAUUCAAAAGUGCCGUGAAAACUAUACGCCUGGAGAAUACCUUACGAUUGACGAGCAACUACUGGCGUUCAGGGGAAAAUGUAGCUUCCGGAUGUACAUUCCAAACAAGCCAGCAAAAUAUGGACUCAAAAUGGUAAUGAUAUGUGAUAGCGGUACAAACUACAUGGUUGAUGCUAUGCCGUAUUUGGGAAAAGGAUCAAACAAAACCACCUUUCCACUUGAAAAGAUGGACGACCUGAAAAUGAAAUCUAAUGGUGUGCAUCCAUAUGCCUUAUGA